CUCCGGGAAAAAGUUCCUGGAGACUGGAGCUGCCUGACAUCCAGUAGUCGUCAAGCUUCGAAAUUGCUGGAGCCUGUCAACAGAGACCCGACUUUCAUAUCGGCAUUUACCCUUUCCUCGUUUCGCGCAUCGGCCACGGGUUAGCUUUCAACGCCGAAAUACUCUCAAGAUGGCCUCUAUGUUUGCGCAGUCGGGCAACGGCACGCUGUUUCUCGGCGGGCAAAAGGUCUCGGGCGCUGACAUUCGAGACCAAAAUGUCAUGGCCACACAGAUGAUUGCGAAUGUCGUCAAGAGCUCGUUUGGCCCUAGUGGCUUGGACAAGAUGAUGGUCGACGAUAUCGGCGAUGUCACGGUCACCAACGACGGCGCUACCAUUCUCAGCCUACUCGACGUCGAGCACCCCGCUGGGAAGAUCCUCGUCGACCUUGCGCAGCAACAAGACAAGGAGGUUGGCGAUGGCACGACAUCGGUGGUCCUGAUCGCCGCCGAGCUGCUCAGGAGAGGAAACGAGCUCAUGAAGAACCGGAUACACCCAACGACGAUCAUCACUGGCUACCGCCUGGCUCUCCGCGAGGCGGUCAAGUACAUGAACGAGCACGUCAGCAUCAAGGUGGAGAACCUGGGCCGGGAGUCGCUGUUGAACAUCGCCAAGACGUCCAUGUCGAGCAAGAUCAUUGGCGCCGACUCGGACUUCUUUGCGAACAUGGUCGUCGAUGCCAUGCAAGCCGUUCGGACAACAAACAACAAGAACGAAGUCAAGUACCCUGUGAAGGCGGUCAACAUCCUCAAGGCCCAUGGCAAGGGGGCCGCUGAAUCGAUCCUCGUCAAGGGCUACGCGCUCAACUGCACCGUUGCCUCGCAGGCGAUGCCGACACGGAUACAGGAUGCCAAGAUUGCCUGUUUGGAUAUGAACCUUCAAAAGGAGCGGAUGAAGCUGGGUGUUCAGAUCACAGUUGACGACCCGGACCAACUCGAGCAGAUCCGGGCACGGGAGGCGGGCAUGGUCAUUGAGCGGAUAGAGAUGAUCCUCAAGGCUGGGGCGAAUGUUAUCCUCACGACCAAGGGCAUCGACGACCUCUGCUUGAAGCUGUUCGUCGAGAGGGGUGCCAUGGCAGUGCGCCGCUGCAAGAAGGAGGAUCUCCGGCGUAUCGCCAAGGCCACUGGAGCCACCCUACUGAGCACUCUUUCCGAUCUCAACGGCGACGAGAAGUUCGAGCCGUCGUAUCUCGGCCAUGCCGAAGAGGUGGUGCAGGAGCGCAUCUCGGACGACGAGUGCAUCCUGGUCAAGGGCACCAAGGCGCAUUCGUCAGCCUCCAUCAUCCUUCGCGGCCCCAACGACUUCCAGCUUGACGAAAUGGAGCGGUCGGUGCACGACAGCCUGUGCGCCGUAAAGAGAACACUUGAGAGCGGCAGCAUCGUGCCGGGUGGCGGUGCGGUCGAGACCGCCCUCCACAUCUACUUGGAGGAGUUCGCGGGCACGGUCGGCUCGCGCGAGCAGCUUGCCAUUGGCGAGUUCGCCCAGUCACUACUGGUCAUUCCCAAGACGCUGGCGGUCAACGCCGCCAAGGACGCCUCCGAGCUGGUCGCGCAGUUGCGAUCAAGGCACGCCCUUUCGCAGCGCAUCCAGGAGGGCGAAGCAAACGAGGACGAGAAGACGGUAGCGCGCAAGAAGGCGUACAAGAACUACGGUCUCGACUUGGUGAAGGGCAAGGUGGUGGACGAGAUCAAGGCGGGUGUGGUGGAGCCCAGCAUCAGCAAGAUCAGGCAGCUGAAGAGCGCGGUGGAGGCGUGUAUCAGCAUCAUGCGCAUCGAUACCCUGAUCAAGCUGGACCCCGAGCCGCAGCCUGAGGAUGACGGCCACGACCACUAGAAAAAAAAAUGUCAGUAUAGUAAUGAAUACACCGAAGAGUUUGAAUUAUUCCCAAGGGCUAUUCAGACGUGCGAAUAUGAG